AAUUCUAAUGUUAUUGGCUGGAGUCGUUCCCAUUCACCUACUAGCUUAGCUCACCUCCUUUUUUAUUGGUGCCCUUUUGAAAAUUCAAGUAAGUGUGCUGUCUGUGAUGCCCAAGAUCUUUACUUUGUUAAGUCAGUUGUGAAAUUGGGAAUGGAUUCGGAGUAGUCAAGGAUCAGGUAAUGACCACUCAUACUUCUUUUUGCUCUUCUUGUACCAUGUGGUGCUUCACUUGAUCUGGUGUCAUUGAUAAUUGCCUAUGUUUGAUUCGGUUGUGACUCCUCUGAUAUUUCUGCUUUGAUUCGAUUGUGGGCUGUAUUUGGUUUGAAGCAGUUUGUAAGUGCAAAUACAAAUGGUUAUGUGUCUGUUAAGUAAAAUUUCUAGUACUAUGCCCUUUUUCUGGUACAAAUACAAAUUAGUACUACUGUUUACAUAAUUGAUUCCUUAAGUUAUUUGUUGAAAUGCUUCUUCCAAUGGAGUAUUUGAUUAGAUAUUGGGCAAGAUUGGAAUGUCGAUUCUGUGUGGUGUGCCUCUUCUGGAGUGUGUGUACUGCAUAGGAUGUGCGCGAUGGGCGUGGAAGAGGUGCCUGCACAAUGCAGCUCAUGACAGUGAGGAAUGGGGCCUAGCCACGCCUCAAGAGUUCGAGCCUGUGCCUAGGCUCUGUCGCUACAUAAUGGCUGUCUACGAGGAUGACCUCAGCCGGCCUCUCUGGGAGCCUCCUGGAGGUUAUGGAAUCGACCCUCAUUGUGUGAUCUUGAAACGGGGUUACAAGGAUACGUGUGGCCUGGUCCCUCCAUACUUGCUGUACCUUGAUCACCACCAUUCCGACAUAGUUCUUGCCAUACGAGGCCUAAACAUGGCAAAGAAUAGUGACUAUGCAGUCCUGCUUGAUAACAAGCUUGGGAAAAAGAAAUUUGAUGGGGGGUACGUUCACAACGGGCUGCUGAAAGCAGCCGGGUGUAUCUUGGAUGCAGAAUGUGACAUUUUGAAGGAGACACUUGAAAGAUAUCCAAACUACAGAUUGACUUUUGCAGGACACUCCCUGGGGUCGGGUGUGGCAGCAUUGUUGACUAUUGUUGUAGUGCAGAAUCGCGAUAGGUUGGGUGAUAUCGAGAGGAAGAGGGUGAGGUGCUAUGCUAUUGCGCCUGCAAGAUGCAUGUCGCUCAACUUGGCCGUGAGAUAUGCUGAUGUGAUCAAUUCAAUAGUUCUGCAGGAUGAUUUCUUGCCUCGAACAGCCACGCCUUUGGAAGAUGUCUUCAAGUCACUAUUCUGUUUGCCAUGUAUUUUAUGCCUGAGGUGCAUGAGAGAUACAUGCAUACCGGAGGAGAGGAUGCUCAAAGAUCCAAGACGGCUGUAUGCACCUGGCCGCCUCUACCACAUUGUUGAGAGAGAACCUUUCAGAUGUGGAGUAUUACCUCCAGUUGUGAGGACUGCAGUGCCUGUGGAUGGUAGAUUUGAGCACAUAGUUCUUUCCUGCAACGCGACUUCAGACCAUGCCAUUAUCUGCAUAGAGAAAGAAGCUGCAACGGCCUUGGAAUUGAUGCAAGAGAAAGAGGAGAGCUUGAUGAUUCCUCCAAAACAGAAGAUGGAGAGGCAGCAAACACUGGACAAAGAGCACAAUGAGGAGCACAAGGCUGCUCUACGAAGGGCUGUGACUUUGGCAGUUCCUCAUGCUUUUUUACCUUCUGAAUAUGGAACCUUCGAAGAUGAUGAUUCCAACCACUCUGCGGAAUCAUCAUCCAGGGCUAAAGAGAGCUGGGCGGAGCUGAUCCAGCGCCUUUUUGAAAAGGAUCAAUAUGGUCGCGUGCUGCUUAAUAACCCACUCCCUGCUGAUUGAUGCCUAUUGUAUUUCAUUUGUGCACUACCUUUUUCAGACUAUUCUAUGGUUUUGUGUACACAUUUCUUUGUAAAUGGCUUCAUAUAUAAUAGAUCUUGUUUUCUCAUGCUGCCAAA